AUGAACAACGAAGACGGCCGCAACUCCCAGGAGCGAAACGAAGCACCUACCAACUCGGAACACCUGAACAUAAAAGUGACCGACAACAACAAUGAGGUCUUCUUCAAGAUCAAGCGCAGCACCAAGCUGGAGAAGCUGAUGAACGCCUUCUGCGAACGCCAGGGCAAGUCGAGCAACUCUGUGCGUUUCUUGUUCGACGGCACGCGCGUGCAACCUACCGAUACGCCUGACGCGCUGGAAAUGGCCGAUGGCGACACCCUGGAAGUCCACCAAGAGCAGGUUGGGGGCGGUUGUUGA